AUGACACUUGAUGAAACAUCGCAACGACCAACAAUCAGUAUUGAACAAGAAGUUUUUGAAUACAAUGAUGUGUGCGAGUCAAAUGAGAAUAAUUGUGAUGGUAAUCAGCCUUAUUUAACUGAUAUAGACAGCGAUGGUGAUUGUGACGAUGGAAGUGAUGAUAAUGAAGAAGAACUUUUUAGUGACGAUUACGAAAACAAUCUGCCGUUGUAUGAUUACUCACCACUCUCUCUUCGCAAUUCUGCUCGUGAGAUUAUCAGACUUGCAAGAAAACUCAACCUAAACAAGUCCGGUGUAAAAGAAGUAUUGAACUUGUUGCAUAAGGUGUUACCAAAGACGAAUAAACUACCUCGAACACUUUUCGGAUUAUUAAAAGUCAUUAAUAUUGAACCAUCCAAAAAGGUAUCGUAUUAUUGCCGAGAAUGUUUAUACCUUCUAAAGUCACCUCAAGAUACACAUUGUUCGAGAACUUGUUUGCUAAAUGAUAAACCACGAUUAUACAUUGACGUUGUAGAAAUGAUAGUAAAUGAUGUUGCGAAGGAACUAAAAGCUGUAGCUGAUCGUUACGAAUCGUUAAUUAGUGAAUAUUCAGCUGAUUUCGACCGUUUGCCGUAUGAUAUUCCAAAUGGGGCAAUCUUUCGACAACUGCCAUUAACUGUAUCUAAGUUUAAUCAUCUAACUAUAGUAUUACAAACAGACGGAGCGCCACUGGUAAAAGUAGGUGGAAAGUCAUUAUGGCCGAUCCAAGGCAUCAUAGUCGAAAUACCACCACCGUUAAGAGAUCAUAACAGUGCAGUUAUGAUUUUGGGGGCAUGGCUAGGCUCUAUUCAUCCAAAUCGGGAUUUGAUGUGGAGAGGUGUGGUGGAUCAACUCAAAUCAUUGCAUCGAGAUGGGAUAAAACUGCAAUUAAUUGAUGGAACCGUAAAGCCAUUCAGCGUUCGUACACAGUUAAUCUUAUUCGAUCUUCCCGCACUUGCUUCUCAUGCAAACAUUAAGCAGUUCAAUGGCUACGACGCUUGUCCACAUUGUAAUUAUCACGGUAAACUUAUCGGUAAAGAAGUAUUUUAUCCCUAUGUGAGCGAACGGCAUGAACCAAAACGGCACAAACAUUAUUUAAAAUUUAGUACAGGUACUUAUCCUAGAACAGUAAGUUCGUCUUUUAUCAUCUACCAUCUCUAAUCUAUACAAUUCGUUGUAUAUUCUAGGCGUGUAUGGGAAUAUUGGGUAGUACUCCAUUAACGGAUAUUUUAUUAUUUCCAACUCAAAUUCCCCUUGACUAUAUGCAUCUUGUUUGUGGAGGGCAUAUGAAAUGGCUGCUUCAUGCAUGGGAUUACCUGUUCACACGCGACGUUUUCGAAGCAGGAUCGACAUUUUUAUUGAGAAUCGUACUGCCUCAUUGUUUCAAAUAUCAGUUUUUACCAUUAGCCCAAUAUUCAACUUGGAAAACCAAAAUGUAUCGUGACUUCUUGUUGUACUAUUUCUUUUUUCGUUCAUUCUACAAUACACAGAACUUUCACUCUCCCUUCUCACUGGAGUAUCUAAAGAGGCCAUUCUCUAGAACAGCCUUGUCCUGCCGU